AUGAAUGAAGUCGAUCGGAUCAUUGGCUACAAAAAGUACGAGGUGAAAGUGCCCAAGGACAAACAAAUGCCAAAGAAUAGAUCCAAACGUGCAAAUUUUGAGCAGAUAGAUAGCAGCACAAGGGAAAGGGAAAGGGACAGGGAAAAUGCAAGAACCUUCGCUGAAGAAAGGAAGAGAUUCUUGGAGAGAAUGAGCAAGAAUAAAAGAAAAAAUACGAAUAAAAAGGAUAAAGAAAAGUCAAAAGAAACAGGAAAAGAUAACUAUAAAAAAGACGACAAAAAAUCAAAAGAACAGAAAAAAUUGACGACUACAAGGGAUUUUUGCUUCAAAGAACCGCAUUCGGCGACAUUUAAUCAUAGUGCUCUAGCCAUAGACCCCAAGCCGAAACCUCAGUCUGGAUCAGAUGAUGACGCAGAAUCAAAACCUGGGACCAAAAUCAUGAUAGAUCAAGCUAUUCAGACAUCCAGUCCCCUAAAUGUCCAAUUAUCAGAGCUUUUCAACGACAAUAUCCUCAGCGCCACAAAAGAUAACAGCGCUCUCCUUCAGCACACAGAGUUCACCUCCUGGGAACGUCGUUGGUCGAACUGCAGUACGAUCAGUAACGUGACGACGGUUUCACCAAUUCCAGAUCCCAAAUACGAUGUUAACUACAACGACAUACCUUCGAUCAAUUCAAUUGCGCUGAUGAUCCAAGAUCCUAACAACUACGCAUCAUCCCUAGACUACCAUGAAGGAAAUAAAAAGUUACUCCAAGAAGAGGUGCAAUACUCGAACAAAGCCAAGAGUGCCAUCAUGGGGCUGACAACACUCUGCACAAAUGAAAAACUAAGUUCACAUACAGAAAUAGCCGGCCGACAGGUACCACGCUGGUCCGAAUUCCCCACCUGUUGCAGCCAAACUCUCGCUUAG